AUGCAGAACAAUCUCCUCAGCUACCGCGUCGACUCCUUCACCACUCACUUCAAAUCCAUAACAGUGCUGGCCGACAUCGUGGCCUACUACAAUUAUUUCAUCGGCACCGUGCCUGCGCUCGGCCCGUUGCUGCUCUCUCUGGACGUGCGAGGAAACUUCCUCACAGACUUGCCCACAGCGAGCUACACGUGGUGUGGCUGUGCCGGGAACUGCAUGGCGGCCGCGACAGCGGCCGCAAAGUGCAUCAGCGGCGGCUCGGGUCAGCGGCCUGCAGCCGACUGUGCCCCCUGUGGCACUACGAACGCUGUGGGGCCUUUCUGCACGUCGGGCGGAGUGUGCACGGUGGACGCGAGUGCACGCAUCACUGCCGGCACUCUGAACCUGCCGGCGCAGCCCGCGCUGCCCAUGACAUGCUCGCUCCUCAUGGAUCCAGUGGAUUGUGCGUCCUCCUCACCCCGUGCUCCUCACCCCGUGCUCCUCACCCUGUGCUCCUCACCCCGUGCUCCUCACCCCGUGCUCCUCACCCCAUGCUCCUCACCCCGUGCUCCUCACCCCGUGCUCCUCACCCCGUGCUCCUCACCCCGUGCUCCUCACCCCGUGCUCCUCACCCCGUGCUCCUCACCCCGUGCUCCUCACCCCGUGCUCCUCACCCCGUGCUCCUCACCCCGUGCUCCUCACCCCGUGCUCCUCACCCCGUGCUCCUCACCCCGUGCUCCUCACCCCGUGCUCCUCACCCCGUGCUCCUCAUCCCGUGCUCCUCACCCCGUGCUCCUCACCCCGUGCUCCUCACCCCGUGCUCCUCACCCCGUGCUCCUCACCCCGUGCUCCUCACCCCGUGCUCCUCACCCUGUGCUCCUCACCCCGUGCUCCUCACCCCGUGCUCCUCACCCCGUGCUCCUCACCCCGUGCUCCUCACCCCGUGCUCCUCACCCCGUGCUCCUCACCCCGUGCUCCUCACCUCGUGCUCCUCACCCCGUGCUCCUCACCCCGUGCUCCUCACCCCAUGCUCCUCACCCCGUGCUCCUCACCCCAUGCUCCUCACCCCGUGCUCCUCACCCCAUGCUCCUCACCCCGUGCUCCUCACCCCGUGCUCAUCCACUUCAUCCCUCCACUGUCCCCAGCACCACACUGUUCGCCGCCAUGAUGAACAUAAAGAGCGCGCUGGGUGUGACAUACACCACAUGGACUGCCACCAACCCAUGCCGCUAUGCUCGAUCCGCGGUGGCCGUUGCAGGCGAGUGGAACGGCGUCACCUGCGUGAACGGCAAGGUGUCCGACAUAAACCUGCCGGGAAAUCUCUUCAACUACCGCCUCGACUCCUUCACCACCAACCUCCGAUCCUUGCCAGAGCUGGCUCUCCUUCAUUCAACCUCUGUUUCACAUGCUGCCACUCAUCUCAUCGCCACCUUCACCAUCUCUGCUCCUCUCGCAGUGCCCUGCACGACAACUACUUCCCUUUAUGCACCUGCCCCCUCACUGCCCUCCCCCCUCGCCAGCGGUGCUAGAUUCAACUACUUGAUCGGCACUGUGCCCGCGCUCGGCCCUUUGCUGGUCCUGCUGGACAUUCAGGGCAACUUCAUAACGGACGUGCCGGCAGCCACCUACACGUACUGCGGGGGCUACUUCAACUGCCUGCCCACGCCCUCCAAGUGCCCCAGCGGUGGCACCACUCAGCGAUCUGCCGCAGCUUGUAGCGUCUGCGGCACCACCAACGGCGUUGGCCCCUUCUGCGCGUCGACGGGAGGGGUGUGCUCAGUGGACGCGGCUGCACUCGUCACUGCCGGCACUGUGAACUCGCCCUCGCAGCCCGUGCUGCCCAUGUCAUGUGUGGGCGGGACACCUGUCAUGAAUGCUGCUGAUUUCGCCGCCAUGCAGAACAUCAAGACCACGCUGGGUGUGACCUACACCACUUGGACCUCCACCGCUCCAUGCCGCAAUGCUCGAUCUGCGGUGGCCCUUGCGGGCGAGUGGACGGGCGUCACCUGCACCGACACUGGCAAGGUUUCUGACAUAGGCAUUGCCGGCAACUACCUGAUGGGGUCCGUGCCUGCACUGGCCACACAGCUGCGCACCUUGGACCUGCGCUUCAACUUCCUCACCGACUUCCCAGCAGUCGCCUACUCCUCGUGUGGCGGCGCCGGCAACUGCCUGCUCACGCCCUCCAAGUGCGCCACCCUCGGCACGGCUCAGCGGGCUGCGGCGGAGUGUGCCUUCUGCAGCACCACCAACGGCGUGGGCCCUUUCUGCGCUGCGACGGGCGGAGUGUGCACGCUGGACGCGGCUGCGCGCGUCACUGCCGGCACCGUGAACGCGCCGGCGCAGGCUGUGCUGCCCAUGGCGUGUGUGGGCGGGACGACUGUGGCCAUCAAAGAGAGCACAGGGCAGGUGAGCAGUGGGUGUGUGCGUGCAGCAGCACAUUUGGGGAUGACAGCAAUGUGUGAUGGUCUAGUCCAGUGCUGUUGCAUCAUCAGGGCGCUGAGCUGCGUGGGACUGUGCUGCUCGGGGCGCUGGGCUGUCUGCGAGGGCCCUUGUCCCCCCUGCGGUUCCUCACGUGCUCCUUGGGGCGUCCCCCCAUCUCCCGCUGCCUACAUUAUUGCCCCUUACCACCCCGUGCCCCUCACCUCACCAGCCAUGCUCGCACUCAAGUCUUCGCUCGGCGUCACUCUCACCACGUGGGCUGCCACUGUGCCAUGCCAACUUGCGGGGCAGACCACCACGGUUGCAGUGUGGACUGGUGUGCUCUGUGACAGCACUGGCAGUGUCGUGAGCAUAACCCAGACCAACUCAAACCUCAAGGGCUCACUCCCCACUGACAUCUCCACGCUCACAGCCCUCACCUUCCUGCGGAUGAUGCUGGUGUAUUGUCUCGUCACCCACUCUUGUUUCCCUCUCAAUCCCCCAACCGGUGGUUCACAUGCCGCCACUUGUCUCAUCGCCGCCCUCCCCAUCUCCUCCUGUCGCAGCGCUGCGCACUACAACUACUUUGGUGCGGUGUACAACUACUUCAUCGGCACGGUGCCGGCGAUCGCAUCGAAGCUGAGCACGUUGGACGUGCGCGGCAACUUCGUCACGGACGUGCCCACGGGCAGCUACUCCUGGUGCGGGGGCGCGGGCAACUGCCUGCUGACGCCCGCCAAGUGCACCAGUGGAGGCUCCGCCCAGAGGCCAGCGGCGGACUGUGCCAUCUGCGGCACCACCAACGCCGUGGGCCCUUUCUGUGCGUCGACGGGCGGAGUGUGCACGCUGGACGCGGCUGCGCGCGUCACUGCCGGCACCGUGAACGCGCCGGCGCAGCCUGCGCUGCCCAUGGCGUGUGUGGGCGGGACGACUGUGGCCAUCAAGGAGAGCACAGGGCUUCCCCCCCCCCCCACCUCCCGUGUGCCCCUCACCUCACCAGCCAUGCUCGCACUCAAGUCUUCGCUCGGCGUCACUCUCACCACGUGGGCUGCCACUGUGCCAUGCCAACUUGCGGGGAAGACCACCACGGUUGCAGUGUGGACUGGUGUGCUCUGUGACAGCACUGGCAGUGUCGUGAGCAUAACCCAGACCAACUCAAACCUCAAGGGCUCACUCCCCACUGACAUCUCCACGCUCACAGCCCUCACCUUCCUGCGGAUGAUGCUGGUGUAUUGUCUCGUCACCCACUCUUGUUUCCCUCUCAAUCCCCCAACCGGUGGUUCACAUGCCGCCACUUGUCUCAUCGCCGCCCUCCCCAUCUCCUCCUGUCGCAGCGCUGCGCACUACAACUACUUUGGUGCGGUGUACAACUACUUCAUCGGCACGGUGCCGGCGAUCGCAUCGAAGCUGAGCACGUUGGACGUGCGCGGCAACUUCGUCACGGACGUGCCCACGGGCAGCUACUCCUGGUGCGGGGGCGCGGGCAACUGCCUGCUGACGCCCGCCAAGUGCACCAGUGGAGGCUCCGCCCAGAGGCCAGCGGCGGACUGUGCCAUCUGCGGCACCACCAACGCCGUGGGCCCUUUCUGUGCGUCGACGGGCGGAGUGUGCACGCUGGACGCGGCUGCGCGCGUCACUGCCGGCACCGUGAACGCGCCGGCGCAGCCUGCGCUGCCCAUGGCGUGUGUGGGCGGGACGACUGUGGCCAUCAAGGAGAGCACAGGGCUUCCCCCCCCCCCCACCUCCCGUGUGCCCCUCACCUCACCAGCCAUGCUCGCACUCAAGUCUUCGCUCGGCGUCACUCUCACCACGUGGGCUGCCACUGUGCCAUGCCAACUUGCGGGGAAGACCACCACGGUUGCAGUGUGGACUGGUGUGCUCUGUGACAGCACUGGCAGUGUCGUGAGCAUAACCCAGACCAACUCAAACCUCAAGGGCUCACUCCCCACUGACAUCUCCACGCUCACAGCCCUCACCUUCCUGCGGAUGAUGCUGGUGUAUUGUCUCGUCACCCACUCUUGUUUCCCUCUCAAUCCCCCAACCGGUGGUUCACAUGCCGCCACUUGUCUCAUCGCCGCCCUCCCCAUCUCCUCCUGUCGCAGCGCUGCGCACUACAACUACUUUGGUGCGGUGUACAACUACUUCAUCGGCACGGUGCCGGCGAUCGCAUCGAAGCUGAGCACGUUGGACGUGCGCGGCAACUUCGUCACGGACGUGCCCACGGGCAGCUACUCCUGGUGCGGGGGCGCGGGCAACUGCCUGCUGACGCCCGCCAAGUGCACCAGUGGAGGCUCCGCCCAGAGGCCAGCGGCGGACUGUGCCAUCUGCGGCACCACCAACGCCGUGGGCCCUUUCUGUGCGUCGACGGGCGGAGUGUGCACGCUGGACGCGGCUGCGCGCGUCACUGCCGGCACCGUGAACGCGCCGGCGCAGCCUGCGCUGCCCAUGGCGUGUGUGGGCGGGACGACUGUGGCCAUCAAGGAGAGCACAGGGCUUCCCCCCCCCCCCACCUCCCGUGUGCCCUACACCUCACCAGCCAUGCUCGCACUCAAGUCUUCGCUCGGCGUCACUCUCACCACGUGGGCUGCCACUGUGCCAUGCCAACUUGCGGGGCAGACCACCACGGUUGCAGUGUGGACUGGCGUGCUCUGUGACAGCACUGGCAGUGUCGUGAGCAUCAAUCUGGCGCAGAAUCUCUUCAACACCCGCCUCGACUCCUUCACCACCAACCUCCAAUCCUUGCCCGUCCUGGCCAACCUCUCAUCGCUGUCCUCGUCGUUUCCGCCCAUGUUGCAGCGCUCUGCACUACAACUACUUGUAUGGAGAAGUCCCCUCGUUUCUCGUGGGCCUUCCGAAACUCACUGCGUUGUAAGCCUUCUAUGCACCUCCCGUCUUGCUGCCCUGUCGCCCCUCACCAGCGGUGCUGUCUACAACUACUUGAUUGGUACCGUGCCCGCGCUUGCCUCUGGGCUGCGCUCUCUGAAUGUGCGAGGAAACUUCCUCACGGACGUGCCAGCAGCCACGUACACGUACUGCGGGGGCGACACCAACUGCCUGCUCACGCCCUCCAAGUGCACCACCACUGGCACCACUCAGCGGCCUCCCGCAGCUUGUGCCAUCUGCGGCACCACCAAUGGCGUUGGCCCAUUCUGUGCGGCAGGCGGAGUGUGCGUAGCGGACGCCACUGCAGCCGUCACUGCCGGCACUGUGAACUCAAACUCACAGCCCGUGCUGCCCCUGGCGUGCUCGGCACCGCCCGUGCUCGUGAAAGAAAGCGCAGCCAUGCUCGCCCUAAAGCUCGAGCUCGGCGUCUCUUUCACCACCUGGGCGGCCACUGUGCCGUGCCAACUCGCGGGGCAGGCCGCCACAGUGAAAGUCUGGACUGGCGUGCUGUGUGACAGCACUGGGAGGGUCGUGAGCAUCAACCUGCCGGGCAAUUUCUUCAGAGACCGCCUCGACUCCUUCACCACGUCUCUUCGUUUUUUGCCACUCGCCGACAUCGGUGCGGUCUACAACUACCUCAUCGGCACCGUGCCUGCGCUCGCCUCCCAGCUGCGCUCUCUGGACGUGCGAGGAAACUUCCUCACGGAUGUGCCCACAGCCAACUACACGUUCUGUGGCUGUGCCGGGAACUGCAUGCUCACGCCCUCCAAGUGCAUCAGCAAUGGCACGGCUCAGCGGCCUGCGGCACAAUGUGCCUUCUGUGGCACCACCAACGGCGUGGGCCCCUUCUGUUGGGGGGCGGGAGGCGAGUGCGUGGCGGACGUGAUUGCUCUUUGGGAUGUCGGCAUCUUGAACUCGCCCUCGCAGCCCGUGCAGCCCCGUGCGUGCAUGGGCGGGUCCGUGCAGGCCAUUGCGCAGAGCGCAGCCAUGCUGGCGCUCAAGUCGUCGCUGGGCGUGACGUUCAACAGCUGGGCGGCGUCGGUGCCGUGCUCCGUGUGGAUGGUCUCGCCGUCCGUGCCCACGUGGCCCAACGUCAUCUGCGACGGCGAGGGCAAUGUGAUCGGGAUGUGA